CUUCAUUAACUUGACUCGUCUCCUUUGUGCCCCCAACACAUAAUUCGAAUCUAUAAUUCGAACUGUGCUGCAAUUAAAGCGCCUAUCCAUUCCUGGCUAUAUUGCAGAAUAUCAACACGGGCUUCCUAUGGUUUAAUGGGGCAUUGGGAAAUUAAUUGUGCAUUAACUCGAAAGUAACAGAUCAGGCAGGGCAGUCUUUUCAUUUGAAGUAUGGCUCGUCUUAAUGAAUUGACAGCUUCAGCAGAGCCCAUUGAAGCCUUAAAACGGCGAUUUGUGCGACAGAACCGUGAGAUUGCCAGAGUGAAUUCCAUACAGUCUCUUCGUAUACGCAGUCUUGAGUCCGAGGUUUCUCACUUUCUGUCCGAGAAUGUUUCCCUUAGGGAGCAGGUGAUUAAUCUUACUCGGGAGGUAGAAAGAUAUGAGGCGGUCAAAUCGUUCAAAGACGAGGUUCACGACAUCAAGGCAAAGCUAGACAACAAGCUUCUGGAGUUCAAUAGCUUGUUGACUGAAUUGGGUACACUGCCCCUCAGACUUUGCAACAAGUUUGACGAAACACCUGUAUUGGCAGAGCAGAAGCAACCAACCCAGUCUAUAUUGGAUUGGAGGUCUAAACCCAUCAAUUGCGUUACUAGCCCCACGAACAAUGAAGCUGGCAGGCUACCUGUCAUUUUGGAGGGAAAACUUUAUCCCAGAAAAACCUUGGAGCCGCAGGAACUGCAAGUCACGAUAGAGAAUGGACCAGAGGCUUUUUCACCGAGCAAUCAGGAAAAUCCCGUGGUCUUUCAACUGAAUGUAGGAGAUGAUGGCCCCUAUCGUGUCCAACCCCAAGAUUCUGAGUGUCCCGAAAGAAUGGGGUUUGGUGCGCAGAUUUCAGAUAGGGGUGGCAUCCCCCCCCGCCCAACACUAGAGACUAGAGCACGAAAAAUGCAUGGUGACAUGUCAAUCGGCCUUGCAACGGAUUCUGAAUCGUCCCUGGAAGACCAUGAGCCAGAGGUUAAGUUCAAUCCAGGAACGAAGCGAAAACUCUCGAUGAAACAUGAAGAAGAUUCAGAGUCUACCUUUACCCAAGAAGAGAGCUAUCAAACCAACCAGCAGUCCUCCCCGCUAUCGGCUGCGGUCGAGGAAUGCUCAUCACCGUGCGUCGAGGUUUCGUUAUCCGAGGGAAAGAUUCAGCCGUCCAAGGACGUGUUAAGAACUUACAGACGAGCUAAGCGAAAAGUACUUGAUGAUAAAAAUACAAAUAUCAGUAUGAGCUCUCCAAAAAAGGGACAUACAGCUGAGAUGCAAGAGCCAAUAUAUGAGAUCCCCGCAACUGCGCAAACAAAGGUUAUGGGAAGGAAAGGGAUGUCGUUCCAAUCGCAGCCUAAAGUAGGCAUAGACCACGCAGAGUGCAUGGUAUCUAGACAGCAUCCAGUCAAGGGGCUAAGGGAAACCGAAGAAAGCAGCGGUGAGACUACAGGAGAGUCAAAGACCUUGGAAACCGAACCUGAGGCUCCAUCGCCAGCAAAUCAUACAUCACAAGAUGUAUCGAAAACAACGGUAGAUGUCUUCACUAGCACAUCAAGGCCAACGAGGCGUCAACGAGCCAUCGUAAGUUAUGCAGAGCCAAACUUACGGGACAAGAUGCGACGGCCCACAAACAAUUUUAUAGCAGCUGUUGAAGACCGACCAAGACGGACAUCGAGUUCUCGCAGGGCACUAUCAGACGCAACUGAUGAUGAAAAUGGAUGGAUGAUGAAUACUCAAACACCACGGAAUUCAGACUGUGCAGACAAAGACCCCAAUUCCGUAUCGACAAAUGCACUGUCCAGUUCCUCUAUGCAGCAAAACAACAUGGUCUCUCAGAGGAAACGCAAGACUUCAUCAACAAGUAGAUGUGUCGAUUUAUCUCGCCGAAUCACUGCAGAAACUACCGGUGAAGACUCAGCCGUUUGGGUGGCUAGUGGAACAGCCAAUGGAAGCAGUUAUGGGAGAUCAAUGGGGGACAACGACAAAAGAGAGGCCAAGACAUCGCUAGUUCUGGGUCACCAAACGAGUAGCCCCUUGACUAGUACUUGCAAAGCAGCAAGAACAAGCCGACAGCCUAGGCGACAUUCUUCAAACCCUGACUCGUCCGAGCAAGCGAUAUUACAUCCAUUAAAAGAUGCAACGGUGGGCUUAGAAAAUUCCCAUGACUCGCCAUCAGAGGUGUGUGCAGAAGUGGCUUUCCAAAAGCCCGCUAAUAAUGUUCUGCAACCAUACUCGCAUAUGCCUGGUCCGGCAGAAGAUUAUCGGGCUCACUUGAACUCGGCCGACGCUGGGGAAUCCAGGCGCGGUCGGCGUGCUGCUGCUAGAAGGAAAAGCAUGAUGCUGUGAAUGCUCAUGGCUGGCAUGAGUAAUCCUACUGUGGUUCGGCCUGUCAUAGAUCACAAUCAAGGCCAUAUAUUUCAGCAGUUUGUUUAAAGAUGGAUCAUAGUUGAGGGGGCAUGGCUUUUUCCUGGUCUAUACCAUAUUGGACUUGCCCAUGUAUUUUUUUUCCGGGUGAUCGUAAGAUUCUGGAGAUUUAUUCACACGCGGCGGAGCAAAACAGAACUUCCAGCAAGAUCAAGUAACUAUAUCAAGGAUAGAUGCCACUGUCUACGGACUGA